AUGUCGCCGGCUAUCAAGAAGAAGAAGGAUGACCUCGGCGCUGGGCUGCGCGUGUCGAAGGACAACAUUGCUGCGCAUCCUGCAGGGCCGCCGAAGUAUGGCGAGUUGACGCAGGCGGAGAGAGCGUUUACGCUGGCGUCGACGUUCUUGUCUGGAGUUUUGGCUAUCAGCGCAUCGCAAUUCCUGGGAGCGCCGUUGAAGCUGAUCGACCCGCAAUUCUAUGAAGGGUACAUGGCCUAUACAAAAGAAUGUUUCGCGAUCUUGAUCACCUGUUUAACGCAAUGGUGGGCGCCGACCGUGGUCCGAGUCAGUGGAGACUCAAGUAUGGUUGGCCAGCUCAUCCAGAAGAAAGAUGGGAGCUUGCAGUGCAAUUUUGCUGACCGUAUGGUUCUGAUGGCCAACCAUCAACUAUACACCGACUGGCUGUAUAUCUGGUGGAUUGCGUACACCAACAACAUGCACGGCUUCAUUUACAUCAUCCUGAAGGAAUCGCUCAGGAAUAUCCCCAUAAUUGGCUGGAGCGCGCAGUUCUACAACUUCAUCUUCCUGGCUAGAAAUUGGGAAGAAGACCAGCGCCGGUUCAAGAAGGCGCUUGCACGACUCAACAGCGCGACUCAGCCUAUGUGGCUCAUCAUCUUUCCCGAAGGAACGAAUCUAUCGGCCACGACCAGGGAGAAGAGCAAAGCAUGGGCUGCGAAGAACAACCUGCAAGAUAUGAAGCAUCAGCUUCUACCGCGAAGUACAGGUCUAAGGUUCUGUUUGAACGAACUCAAAGACACAACAGAGUGGUUGUAUGACUGCACCAUUGCAUACGAGGGCGUGCCGCCUGGCCAAUUCGGUCAGGACAUCUUCACGCUCCGCUCCACUUUCUUCGAAGGCCGGCCACCAAAGUCAGUCAACAUGCACUGGCGACGCUUCCACAUCAACGAUAUUCCCAUCCAAAACACGAAAGCCUUUGAAGUGUGGCUGCGUAAUCGAUGGCGGGAGAAGGACUACAUGCUCGAGUACUUCCAAAAGCACAGUCGCUUCCCCGCAGAGAACUUCUGGAAGGAUCACCUUGAUAUGGGUGACCGCAGCUCGCAGGGCUCACAGAGCAUUCGUAGCGUUCCAAGGCCGGCAGUUCAAAUCGAGACGGAAGUCAAGUCGGGAAACUGGAAUGAGUUUGUGAAGAUUUUCGCUCCCAUCAGCAGUGUCAUGAUGGCACUGACAGUCGCAUACGGAGCCAAUCCAGCUGAUAUCAUACCCGGCGGGAAAGAGUUCUUCGAGCAGCACAUGAAGACACUCUUAGGCGGUGGAGGAGAAAUGGGAGGGCUUCCGAGUCCAGAUCAACUGGAAAAGAUGAUCGAGGGGGCAGCGAAGCUGGGAGCAGCUCAGGCCGCAGAUCCACAACAAGUCCCGCAGAUAGCGGCACUGACCCAGGAAAAUCUAGCUAAGCUGGUCAAAGAGACAGCCAUCAAGAGCGGCGCAGUGAUGCCAGGCGGAAUGAGACGGGCCAGCACGGCGUUGCCCCAAGCGCCGACCAGAACGCUCGCGACGCCCACAGCAGUACCUACACGAGCGAGGAGUGCAGUAGUUACUCCUUCGUCCGCCCGUAAACCAGCUGGCGCUACUACAAAACCAAAGCCAGCGACUUCUGGACCUGCGAAGCCGAAAGCUGCACCCAUUAAACCUAAAGCAGCCGCGAAACCCAAGCCCACACCACCGACAGGACCCAUGAAGGAGAUCACACUAGCAUCUGGAGUAUCAAUCAAAGUCCCAGCGCCAGCUGUAGAAGAUGCGAAGAAGACAGGCGCCACCACAAUCAAGACGGCAAACGGCCUCAUCCUCCAAAUCGGGAAGAAAGAUGUCGAAAAGGCGCAGGAAAAGAAGGGCGACACAAUCAUGACCGCAUCGGGUAUACCCAUCAAAGUCACAUCCAGCGGCGAGAUCGAAGUUGCGAAGAAACCAGCAUCCGCGAAGUCGAGUCCAGCACCGAAACCUGCAGCUAAGAAGCCUGCAGCUACUCCUGCAAAGGCACCGUCGAAGCUCAACGGUACGGCAAGUGCUCCGAAGAAGCUGGCCACGCCAGGGCCGACAAAGUUUGCUGCAAAGUCAUCGACUUCACAGGCCAAAGUCCCAGCGAAGUUGGCUAAAUAA